ACGAUGGAGAAUUUCAAGAUAAUAAAUGGUCAGAGUAAAUUAGGCGAAAGUUUGUACAAAAGUUCGUACAUGUCCGACGUCAGAUUCGAGGUGGACGGAAGCGUGAUAAAUGCUCAUAAAUUCAUUCUGUCUUUCCAAAGCGAAAUGUUUUAUACCAUGUUUUAUGGUAGUAUGGAGUUGAAGGACGAUUGCAUACCCAUAACACAUAUAGGCAAGGAAGCCUUCGAAAAGAUCUUGUGGAACAUAUAUACAGGCGAAAUCGAUUUUACCGAUAUGGAUACUUACUUACUCAUAGAAAUUUUGUAUGGGGCUAAAAUGUACAUGCUGAACGAAUUGAACGAUAAAUGCAUUCGAGACAUGAACAGUAAAACAUAUAAUCCUGAAAGGGCUCUCGAGCUGUAUUUGGUGUCAGAAAUUUAUCCGGAAAUAGAUAUUGAUAACUGCUUAGAUCGCCUUACAUCAUGUUGUAGGCUGGUAUUCGAUUCGAAUUACUUCCUUAACUCGUCCGUCCAUUUGAUCCAAAAAUAUAUCGCGCUGUUAGACGACAAGGAAUGCGUACCGAAACAAAUAAUCUUCGAAUUCCUCCUAAAAUGGGCGAAAAACCAAUGCGACAAUAACCAAAUCCCCGAAACUUCCCCGAACAUGGUUUCGGUAUUAUCGAAAAACUGGUUUACCCCUCUCCCCUACUAUAUCGCGCGUUUCAGCACCCUGGACAUUAUCGAAUUAGUCCGCGAGCGUCAUUUGUUAGAGGACUCGGAGUUGAUCGAGAUCAUUAUUAGGAAAAUGUCGUUUUCGUCUUCCCUCGACGCGAACCCUAUAAAAGUUUACCCGAGCUGUUAUUACGCCGUGAAGGAAUCCAAUUUCCAAAUCGAGCCCCUUGAUAAUUUUUGCCCGCAAAUAUAUGUGGUCGGAUUUUCGAUGGACUCUGCUUUUUCCGGUUUGGCCACCAUAACCGUAGAGCGCGAUGCCGCGACAGUUUUCAAAUACGAGAAACGGGUAGAUCAACUCAAGGAGCACGUGCCCGAGAUUGGCGUGUAUCGAACCUACCUUUACGUACUCGCUCUGAACGACGAAAACUCUUCUCGGAUCGAGAUAAAAUGGGACCCCUUAACUGAUCGAAUAGUCGUAACCAGUUCUGACCUUUGUAACAUUUCCCAAAUAUUGUACAUGUGAAA